AUGGCUAUCUCCAGUUUCCCCGCGGACGCGGUGCCCCAAGCUCCAGAAGAUCCCCUCUUUGGAUUGAUGGCGGCGUACCGGGCUGACGAUUUCGACAAAAAAGUUGACCUGGGAAUCGGUGCAUAUAGAGACGACAACGCAAAGCCUUGGGUUCUGCCAGUCGUCAAGAAGGCAGAUGAAAUCCUCCGAUCUGACCCUGCCUUGAAUCACGAAUAUCUUCCUAUCGCCGGUCUCGCAACCUUCACCGCAGCGGCAGCCAAACUUAUCCUAGGAGCAGACUCACCAGCUCUGACCGAAAAACGAACCUCAUCUACACAAACAAUCUCCGGUACAGGAGCUCUGCAUCUCGGUGCUUUGUUCCUCUCGAAAUUCUUCCCCGGUCACCCAACCGUUUACUUCAGCAACCCAACAUGGGCCAAUCACCACCAAAUCUUCUCCAAUGUCUCAAUGCCUAUCGCCAGCUAUCCAUACUUCUCGAAAUCAACCAAGGGACUCGAUUUCGAGGGCAUGAAGCAAGCAAUUGCUGACGCCCCCGAACGCUCCAUCAUCGUUCUCCACGCCUGCGCCCACAACCCCACCGGAGUCGACCCCACACAAUCACAAUGGAAAGAACUCGCCGUUCUCCUCCGAGAAAAAUCCCACUUCCCCUUCUUCGACUGUGCAUAUCAGGGAUUCGCCUCUGGUGAUCUGGCAAAGGAUGCUUGGGCAGUCCGAUACUUCGUCGAGCAAGGCUUCGAGAUGUGCAUUGCACAAUCUUUUGCCAAGAAUUUCGGUCUGUAUGGUGAGCGUGCGGGAUGUUUCCAUUUCGUCACAGGACCGGGUGCAGAUGCUCAAUCUACCAUUGGUAGAAUUGCCUCUCAAUUAACCAUCCUCCAACGAUCCGAGAUCUCGAAUCCUCCCGCCUACGGUGCCAGAAUUGCUGGAUUGGUGAUGAAUGACGAGGCUCUGUUCAAGGAGUGGGAACAAAAUCUCAAGACAAUGGCAGGCAGAAUUAUUGACAUGAGAAAGAGUCUGAGGAGCAAGCUGGAGGAGAUGGGAACUCCGGGCACAUGGAACCAUAUCACGGAUCAGAUUGGCAUGUUUUCAUUUACGGGGUUGACAGAAAAGCAAGUUUUGAAGUUAAGAGAGGUAUCUCACGUCUACAUGACGAAGAAUGGACGCAUUAGUAUGGCGGGUCUGAAUACGCACAAUAUCGACUACUUCGCGAAAGCAGUCGACAAGGUAGUCAGGGAAACUUAG